GGAGUGAGUGAGAAUUUCGACAAAACAUCAACAUGGCUGAACAUGAUUCUGAGCACGACCUAAAAGUUGGGAUUCUCACAGUAAGCGACUCAUGCUUUAAUGGAACUGCUACAGACCGAAGUGGAGAAAAUCUCAAGCAAGUUGUGGAGUCACGAAAAUUGUUCAAUGGACGUGUUAUCACAAAAGAUAUCCUCCCUGAUGAACAAGAACAAAUCAAGAACAAGUUGCUGCACUGGAGUGACCACCUGAAGUUGGAUCUCAUUCUGACGACUGGUGGCACUGGCUUUGCUCCUCGGGAUGUUACCCCAGAGGCAACCAAGUCUGUCAUUGAGAAGGAAGCUCCUGGAAUGAUUGUGGCCAUGCUGAAAGGAUCUCUGGAAAUAACGCCUCUUGCAAUGCUGUCUCGGCCUGUCUGUGGUACCAGAGGAUGCACUCUCAUUAUCAACCUCCCUGGCAGCACAAAAGGAUCUUCUGAGUGCCUUCAGCUAGUGUCUGCCGGUAUCCCUCAUGCUGUAGACCUUUUGCGGGGUCACAAGCCUGGUGUGGAGAAAACACAUGCAACUCUCCAGGCAGAGGGCAUCAGGAGUGUCCAUGGAGGUCAUCACUCGCACUCACAGACGUGGACACAGAGAAGGUGGCGCUGCGGCCCCGGGAAUCCCCGUACCCUAUGUUGUCCGUGGAGGAGGCGGUCGGCAAAGUGAUGGACAACGCUACUGUUCUGCACUCCGAAGCCGUCGACAUCAAAGAUGCCUUGGGGCGGACCCUAGCCCGCUCUGUGUGUGCUGCGGAUCCUCUACCUCCCUUCCCGGCGUCUAUCAAGGAUGGCUACGCCGUGAGAGCUGAAGAUGGUGCCGGGUUGCGAAUGGUACUGGGCGAGUCGUCUGCAGGAGACGUGCCGGACAAGCCUGUGUCCCCUGGGUUCUGUGUACGCAUCAACACGGGGGCGCCCGUGCCGGCCGGGGCUGACGCCGUGGUGCAAGUGGAGGACACGCAGCUGGUGGAGGCCUCCAGGGACGGCAAGCAGGAGAUACAGAUCAAGAUACUCAAGUUCCCCACUGUGGGGCAGGACAUCAGAACCGUGGGCUCCGACAUAGAAAAGGGGCAAGAAAUCCUGUGUGAAGGCCAGCGCUUGGGGCCUGCGGAACUGGGCCUGUUGGCUACUGUGGGAGUAACCAGUGUCCCUUGCUACCGGAUGCCUGUGGUGGGGGUGAUGUCCACCGGGAACGAGCUUGUGGACCCGGACACGCCCCUGAGAGAGGGCUCGAUCAGGGACAGUAACCGCACCACUCUACUGUCUCAGCUCAAGGAGUACGGGGUGCCUUCGCUCGACCUCGGCAUUGCCAAAGACACGCCCGACGCUUUGCUAGAAAAGCUGACUGAUGCCCUAAACAAAGUUGAUAUUAUCGUGACUACCGGCGGAGUGUCCAUGGGAGACAAGGAUUACUUGAAGCAAGUACUGCAAGUGGACCUGAAAGCUCAUCUACAUUUUGCCAGAGUCUUUAUGAAGCCGGGAAAACCGACCACAUUUGCAACACUAGAGCACGCUGGUCAAAGAAAAUUUUUCUUUGGCCUGCCUGGUAACCCGGUGUCCGCCAUUGUGACGUGCAACCUGUACGUGAUUCCCGCUAUACGCAAGAUGACUGGGUGUCCUAACCCGCAUCGCACCGUCAUAAAAGUUAAGGUGGACAAAGAUCUCCGGCUGGACCCACGUCCCGAGUACCACAGAGCGGCCUUGACCUGGGAGUCCGGGGACCCCACGCCGACCGCUCACACCACGGGCAACCAGAUCAGCUCCCGCCUUUUGAGCAUGAACCAGGCCAACGUGUUGAUGAGGCUUCCCCCGCGCUCUGACGCGCUCACGCACAUCGACAAGGGGACAGUGGUAGAUGCGCUGGUGAUUGGGCAGGUCUAGAGAUUUGGACAGCCGAGAGAAGCAAGGG